CAGUAGCACGGCUGUGGUGGGGCUCAAACUAAAAAGAAAAGAAACCACAAGUGACAGCCACAAGCAGGAAACUCCCGCGUUAAGACCACGUAAAAUAAUAUCAGAGCUGAUCAAAAAUAUUGUCACAGCGAAGCAGAUAAAGAUAAAGUAAGGGAAAACGCGGAUGGUUUGUCAAAAAUGUCUGGAGCGGAGUUUGAAAGGGAAUUUCUUUACAACUUACCCGCGUCUGUUAUGACUCACUUUACACGGGUUAUGGACUCACUUUCACUCUCAGACUGGACAUUAUUCGCUUCAUAUGUAAUCUCAGACCAGACUGAACUACGUCUUUUGGAGCAAAGCCCCAGACGGACAGAUAACCUGAUCCACACAUGGGGCAAUCGCAACGGGACGGUCGGAGACCUGCUGAAGAUUCUUGAGGGCUUGCAGUGGUUUAGGGCCCGCGAUAUCAUCCUUCAAUGCAGACAUAUACAGCAGUUUCGUUCAAAGCAGCAGUCACCUUUAACAGUGCCACCAGUCCCUGCGUGUCAAAACAGUACAGCCAUCUUUGUCAAAGAGUCUCUCCCUGUCCCAGAAGUCAGGCCUCUACCCAAGCCUAGCCCCCCACCGCCUGAUCUGGACUCUGUGGAUUCAAGAAUUUCAAAUACAGAGUGCCCAUGUGUGAACCAAGUGGAACCCCCGCCACUUUCCUCUACUGCAAUGAGCUGGCCGUUUGAGGAAAUCCAGAGUGGCACGUGCAACUUUUCCCCGUCCAACCAGAUUGGAGAAGGAGGUUUCGGGCACGUGUAUAAAGCUGUGAUGAGAAACACUGAUUUUGCUGUGAAGAAGCUGAAAGAGGACUCCCACUUGGACUGGAAUGUCGUGAAGGAAAGUUUCAGAACGGAAGUAGAAAAACUAUCACAAUACAGACAUCCCAACAUAAUGGACUUUGUUGGCUACAGUAUAGAAGGACAAAUGUAUUGUUUAAUAUAUUUUUAUAUGCCGAAGGGCUCUUUAGAGGUCCGGCUUCGAUGUGAGGACAGUAACGCCCUCUCUUGGUCACAGCGUGUAAAUGUGUUACUUGGCACUGCCAAAGCUAUUCAGUACCUUCAUUCUUGUUCACCUGCACUUAUUCAUGGAGAUAUCAAGAGCUCGAACAUCCUUUUAGAGGACCACCUGGAGCCCAAGCUGGGGGACUUUGGAUUGGCACGUUUUUGUCGGAACCCCAACAAAACCCCAGGCAAGACGUCCAGCGUGGCUCAAACAGCUACGGUCCGGGGAACUCUCGCAUACCUCCCAGAAGAAUACCUGAAGGAUGGACAGCUGGGAGUGGAGAUCGACAUCUACAGCUUUGGAGUGGUCAUGCUAGAGGUACUUACUGGACGCCGGGCUCUGGAGGUCAAUGGCCAAUCCAGAACUGUUUACUUGAAAGAUCUAGUAAAAGAGGAGGAAGAUGAUGGAAGGAGUUUGAGCAAAGGGAAGCAUUCGCGGGAGCUGUCCAAUGCUUACGCAGCUGAGAACAUCUGCAGGAAACAUCUGGAUCCUCGACUGAUGACUAAAGACACUCCUUCCCCUCAAGGAUCGAUGGAAAUCUCUCAGCUGGCAUGUCAAUGUUUAGACCGACGGCGGAAGAAGAGACCCCGGAUGACAGAAGUGUUCAAAGCACUUCAAGAUGUGCAUUUAGGGUUGAAGACCUCUGGCAGAUCGACCACAGUCAGAUUGUCUCCCGUAUCGUCUCAUCCAUCCACUCCUGAGCCUCUGCGCUCCGGCAGCAGCUCCCUGGACUCUCUGACUCAUCAGUUCUCUAAACUCCGCCCUCAAGAAGACACGUACCCCUGCCUUCACAAGACUGGCUGCCCCACCUUGACCUCUGCCGUGACUCAGUCUAGCUGCUCGGGGUCAGAGUUGAAUGCUGAAUCGUGGGCUUCACAGUCUUCUGGAAUGCCCUGUGAAUCGGAUGAGAGUCAAGGCUUUUCUCAGUACUUGACGAGUCACUGUAGCAGAGCUCAGGAGACGUCAUGUGGGAGCUUUGGCAUUCAGAGCACUAAAACAAGUGGUUCUUUAGUGGAAAACUCACCACAGUCCAGUCCCAAUGAAGGUUUUUCUGACAAUAAAGUGUUUGUGAAUUCUGUGAGGCAGCGACUGGUCCGAAAAAUUGAGCUUUAUGAAGAGGGAAGGAUUUUAACUUCUGAUCUGCUGUCACCAGGAGCCUCAUUAUACCGGGAGAUGAAUGCUGAAACGAGGGAGCCAGAAGAGAGUGAUGAGUUUGCAAGUGAGACGUCUGGAGUCCACAUGCAGUCGCCUGCUGCAGUUUAACACUGGAUUAACGUCUGGAGGAAGGAACCCAGCUACAUAUAUUUGAUGAAAAUAUCACAUGAAAUAUUCACAAAUAUCUUUAAGGUAGCCUACUAGGGGUGUCCCCGACUAAAGAUUUUCAGUCUAAUCAGAAUUUUCGAAUCGUGCCGAUAUUCGACUGAUAGUCAAAUCGUAUGUUUCGGGGGCAAAAUACAUUACCAAGAGUCAAUUCAGACAUUCGACGGCCAUAAUUACGUUAACACACAGGGAAGAUGUGUAACGGACGCCUCGCAGAUACAAACAGAGUAAAUAAUGAUUUAAGUUUUGAUUUAAAGAUUAACAUUAAAUGCAAUUUAACAUUUUUUACAACAGUGCUCUCUCAUUAUAAAGUUAUGUAUAUGAGAGUAGUUAUUAAUAUUCUGAAAUUAAGAUGUGCGCGCUGAAGAUGACCAGUAGAAUGAAGCAGCAGGUUUUUAAAACAUCAUUUAUCUCAUAUAAAAUACGCUUUAUUUAUACAUCAUUAACAACGUUAAUAUUACAACUUCUAGGCUUUCUGCACAAAAUACCCCGAAAGCGUGAACAUGUCUGUGUGGCUCUGAAUGAACACAUUCUUCACACAACAAUGUGCAGAAACACAGCAACUACACUCUAAAAAUUCACAGCGUUUUAUUAUAAUGGUGUCAUUAUAUGUAUGUAUAUGACAGUCCCAGUCAUAGUUAUUAAUAUCAGGGCCGCCGGCCCAUGGUCUGUUGGUGCCCUAUAGGUGAGAUGAUAGAUUUCUAGAUUUUCAGACUUUAAAUAAAGUAAAAUUAAAUAAGCAGUUAACAGUUAAGAUGUUCUUAAAAGACUAUAUCAAAAUACUACAUAAAGAUCACUAGCUAAUACUGACAUAUAAUUAUGUUAACUUGUGAUUUUUACCUCUAUAUUUAUAUUUUUUGGCUCUUCUUGUUUGAGUUGCUUCCUGCCUUGUGCCCCUGAUAAUUUUCUUUUUUUACUCAUUUUUUUUUAGAAAUGAUACUUUAAGAUCACAUAAAUUACAAAACUAUUUUAACUGCAUGCGCCAUGCAUAAUUAAUGCAUUAUGAUGAUGUACUAUAUGACACAGAAAGUGUUUAAAUUAAUGUUGUCAAAUCGUAUUUUCCGUUGAUGUCAAUUUUAUUUUAUUCUAAAAUUUAUUUUGAUGAUCGAUCAGUACUAAAAUUGUAAACUUUUAGAAAUUAUUUCGCUUAAUAUAUGGGUGUAGGAGCACACAAUGGGCACAAGAGGGCUCAAAGAAAAAAAAAAAAAACACAAAAAGAACUUUUGUGCAGUUCCCACCAGUCAUUUUUUGCCCUAUGUAAGUGCCUGUGUUACCAAUGCCACGGCCUGCCCGGAUUUAUAUUCUGCAUUGUUGUUUUUUUGUCCUGCUCGCUCACGCUGCGCGCUGAAGAGAUCCUUAAUGUAGUAGCCUACCACAAUGAAGCUGAACUCAACUAAAUGCAUCAUGAUAAAUAAUAUAUACACAAUCUUUCACUCUGCCUGUGUCAGUGUAAGAUUAUGGAGAGUGUAACUUAAAUCUAUAGGGGUGGUAAAAAUAUUUAUUUAAAGCUUCUUUCUUUUCAGAUUCUUAUUUAUCACAGUAUUUUAAUAGGCUGUAUAUUAACUUAUUGGGAGAAAACCAGUGGUUCUGUGUGAAAUCAGACAUUUGAGCUCCCCACAUACAGCCAAAAUGGCAUGAUCAUAACACACCCAGUGAAUAUUCGACAGAGAGAUUGGUAUCGAAUCAAGCUCCUCCUCUCAAAGCAUCGAGUCUAUUCGGGGUCACCCCUAUUAACGGUACUUUUUUUUACUGUUAUGGUAGAGAAAAUACCUUCAUAAAUACCUCGCCCAAGCUGCAGAUUAAUAAUCUUCUUUUUUUAUGGUAAUAUGGUAAUAGCAAAUGAAACAAGGUAUGGAUGAAGAAAGCUCUGUAGUUAUGAACCUGUGAAUCUUGAAUGACUAGCCAAAGAAAUAUAAAAGUGCAUAAUUUAUUGUUAUACGCCUGUUAGUUUGGCGAUCGAAUGUCUAUAGCUUGUUGUUUUUGGCUUUGUUCUCAGCAGCAUAUUGUUAAUAACAUAAUGUCAAGUUCAUUGAUUGUGGCCGAAACGCCUUCAUAUAUGAAUAACUAUUUAAAUCCUGUUAGUGCUGUUUAACAUUAAUGACUACUCUAUUUCUGUGAUACUAACUGCUGAUUGUUAUAUACAUUAAAUUAAACAUUUAGCCUGUACUUAAUCGCGCACAUUAGAUUUUUUCCCCCUAGUUAGAUUACUGCAAAGCCAAAACCAUUUUAUAUGAAACACUGAUUGUUUGUUUGUUUGAGUUUGUUUUAACCAGAGCCCUAACAGCUGUUACACAUUUCUACAUUCAGCCCUUUGCUUUAUAACUGUAUACAAUGAUUUGUAAAAUGUAAUAAUAAUUAAAAAUAAAAUUAAAAUUGUUCUUAGAUGCAACAAUUUAAUCUGCUCUAUUGAAAGAAAAUGUUGUUUUUAUGAAAUGCAACUCUUUUAUUGGCAGUGGAGUGUUUUGUAAGCACAUUAUAUUUACAUAAAUUAUGAUUAUAGUUAUUUUACUGCAGAGAUCAUGAGUAUUAGAGAUGGUAGAGUUACAGGAGAAAUUACCAUGUUAACCAUAGAUUCUGAUACAUAAUAAAAAUAUAUUUUACAUGAAA